AUGGCUCAACAAAAUCAACAACCAAACAUUCAGCUUGUUACUGGGUUGCAAUUGGUUGCUGGCGAGCUGAAAUUAGAACAAUCAAUUCCACAGUCAAUAAUCCCAGUACAACUGCCAGAUAAUGCUGGUAAUGCACCUCAAAAAUUUCCAGCACAGGAUGAAUACUUUUUAGUGAUCAGGGUGAUCUUUUUGGAUUUAUAA